AUGAUUUCAAGACAACCAUUUUCCCCUCCGUCAUUGCUUGUGGCGAUCGGAACCGCAGCAGCAUUGGUACUUUGUUCUUCCGUGGACGCUACUGUUACCAGCGCCAGCGUUGAUGCCAAUCGCUCAUUGCAAGGACAACCGUACGAAUAUACCUCCGACCAUGUCGUCGCUCGUGCGUCUGCCAUUUCCAAGGAUUAUGAAACCAUUGCCGGUUUCUUGGCGCAGGACAAUGGGGCGGGCCGGGAAAACGCUCGCGUCGUGUACCAAUUGGGAGCCUAUUGCCAAUCGUAUGCUACUCUGAUGCUGGAUGCUCCCUUGACGUCUGAAAUUCUGCAAGGAACCGAAGUUACGGGAACCAAUGCCAACGGCGAUUCCGUUUCGGGAAUUGUGCACAGUGGGGCCUUUAGCGGAGACGCGACUUUGGAAGUCAUGUAUCUGAUUCCAUCUGAUGGGAUUGCCAACCUUUGUUCUGUGGCCGGAAACCCUACUCCGCAAUAUGAGAAUUGCUUGAACACUAGUGGUGAAAUUUCUGUUUCUGGCGGUCCCACACUCACCUACUCCAAUUACGACUUGGACAAUGACACCGCCGCUGGACAAUCCAUGGAAUCCAUGUCGAUGACCAUUUCUGGAGCCGGUACACUCGGUUACCCCCGCAUUGGUACCUUUGCAUCUUACUACGGUACCAACAAGUACGCCAACGAAUUCAUUCAAGCGGCCUUUGACAAGGCCGACACUCAAUUUGACAGUGGCAAUGCCGAAUUCACCAAGUGGACUCAAUUUGGAACCAAUACCUUUAUCGAAAUCGCCGCCCUUACCAUGACUUCUUGGAUGCACGUUGUCAUUAAAAUGCAAGAUGCCGUCGAAGUCUGCAAGUCCUUGCCGCAGGGACAAAAGUCGGUCCAAGAGGUGCCCCUUUGGGACAAUGCCGUCGCCACCUACCGUGGCAUGGGCGGAGCGGCUGGUGGUACCAUGGGACAACUCUGGUUCGUUGCCGACGACUACUGCCAAAAGUUUGGAACCUGUCAAGAUGGUCCCGGUGGCACGGAAGGCGUCGCCAAGGCCAAUUCCAAACUCUAUGCGCAUUUUGAUGCGGGCAAGCAAGAUUUGUUGGAUGGCAAUUGCGAUUCGGCCGAAUCUUCUCUGGAUGCCGCCGCCACGACCAUGACCAUUCCCAUCAUUCAAGGAUUGUUGUACCAUGCCUACGAACUCGAUCUAUUCCAGGAACAACGGGAAAUCGUCCAAGGAGAAGCGGCUGCCUUUUUGCAUUCCCUUUUGCCAUUGGUCCAUGCCUGUUCGGCAGGUAACGCCGUCAUGAUCUACAACCAAAUCAAGGUCGGAAAUGGAAAGACGGCUAGCUUUGAAGCCAUCAAGUCCUCCUUGGAAGGUACUUAUGAAUGUUUGGGAGUGACUUGUGAAGAUAUUGGUGGCAUUGUCGACCUUUCGGAUCCUACCACUUACCAAAAGCAUGGGGCUCCCUGCGGUACCUUUAACGUCGGUGACCAAAAUGGCGAUGGGAUUCCGGACGUUGCACCACCAGUUCCGGUUCCACCACCUUCUACCAGCUUGCCAAUGCCUACUCCCUAUCCCACUCAAGACAACUUUACCCCUACCAGCACUCCCACGGAUCCACCAUCCAGUGUCUACCAAUUAAUUGAUUACGAAGAGACCAGUGACGAUGGUGUCACGUAUCUUUUGGCCAUUGGGCUUCCACUGCUUUCAGUCAUUGCCGUGGGAAUUGUCGUCUGUAGACAAUACAAGACCAAGAAGGAACAUGGCAAGGAAUUUGAUUCGGGUGAAACUGGUGAAGGGGCUCCGGACGACGAGACGGAAGAUGAACUCAAGGUGGAGAAUUUGCAAGGGGAAAUGCUUUAA